AUGUCACACAACCACCAUAGCCAACAAUCCCACCCAGGAGCCCACCACCGGCUCUACCACCCAGACCCCGAGGUCCUCUACCACGACUCUGGAAUCGACUACAACCACGUCGAGAUGAACCGUAACGCAUCCGUUGCAAAACUCUACGAGGACGCCCUCCGCUAUGAAGUCGGGACCAUCAUCUCCUCUGCCGGUGCGUUGGUCACUUCUUCGGGAAAGAAGACAGGUCGUUCACCCAAGGACAAGCGUAUUGUCGAUGAGCCUAGCACGACGGAGGAUAUCUGGUGGGGGCCCGUGAAUACCAAGUUGAGCGAGCAUGCGUUUUUGAUUAACCAUGAACGUGCGGUCGAUUAUUUGAAUACUCGUGAGAGGCUUUAUGUCUUUGACGGGUUUGCGGGAUGGGAUCCCAAGUACAGGAUCAAGAUCCGUGUUGUCUGUGCUCGUGCAUACCACUGUCUGUUCAUGCGCAACAUGCUGAUCCGACCAACGCCAGAGGAACUGGAGCACUAUGGUGAGCCAGACUUCACAAUCCUCAACGCCGGAGCCUUCCCAGCCAAUCGAUACACCACGGGCAUGACCUCGACCACCUCUGUUGCCAUCAACUUCCCCCGUCGCGAGAUGGUCAUCCUGGGCACGGAGUACGCCGGCGAGAUGAAGAAGGGUGUCUUUACAAUCAUGCACUACCUCAUGCCCAAGGCCGGUGUCCUCUCCCUCCACUCUUCAGCCAACCAGGGCAACGAUGGAGAUGUCACCCUCUUCUUUGGACUCUCGGGCACUGGCAAGACUACUCUCUCGGCUGACCCUGGACGCCACUUGAUCGGAGACGACGAGCACUGUUGGUCCGAUACAGGUGUCUUCAACAUCGAGGGAGGCUGCUAUGCCAAGUGUAUCGACCUCUCGGCCGAGAAGGAGCCCGAGAUCUUUGCUGCCAUCCGGUACGGUGCUGUGCUCGAGAACGUCGUCCUGGACGAGGAUACGCGCCUAGUCCACUACGAGGACCAAACAAUCACCGAGAACACGCGCUGUGCCUACCCGAUCGAGUACAUCCCUAACGCAUUGAUUCCUUGCAUCGGCGGACACCCCAAGAACAUCAUCAUGCUCACCUGCGACGCCCUCGGUGUCUUGCCCCCAGUAUCCAAACUGACCUCGUCUCAGGCCAUGUAUCACUUCAUCUCGGGCUACACCUCAAAGAUGGCCGGCACAGAGGAUGGCGUCAUCGAGCCCGAGGCAACUUUCUCGGCUUGUUUCGGUCAACCCUUCCUGGUCCUCCACCCAACCAAGUAUGCGACCAUGCUGGCCCAAAGGAUGCACGAACACGCCGCCGACGCCUGGCUGAUCAACACUGGUUGGAACGGCGGCGCAUACGGCAAGACGGGCAAGCGCAUUUCGCUCAAGUACUCCCGUGCCAUCAUCGAUGCCAUCCACUCUGGAGAACUCAAGAAGGCGACCUACCAGACUUACCCCAUCUUUGGACUCGAGAUCCCUACUGCUGUAGCUGGAGUGCCCGCUGAGGUGUUGAACCCCGCCACGGCCUGGCAAGGGUCCUCUUCAGAUUUCGAGCAGACUGUUCGUAAGCUUGCCGAGCUGUUCAACACUAACUUUGACAAGUACAAGGACCAAGCCUCUGCCGAUGUCAUCAAAGCCGGACCCACCCUGUAG